AUGGAGACCGCCAAAACGCCGAACAAGAUUCAGCCGCGCCUCGCCACCUGCAACACCCGCUUCGGUGCCGACUACACCAGCACCCAACCAAAACGAGGCUUCUCCGUCUUUGACGGCGUGUCGGAGCCGCCGCCCACCACCACGCCCCUGCCGCCGUCGACGACCCCGUGCAGCACGACGAUGCCAGUGCAGGGCGUCGCAGGCGCGGGCGCUGGCGUCUUCCAGCCCGCGGCCGCGCAGGUGCCCGCGGCGGCGCCCGCCGGCGGCAACGGCCCCUGGGUGCAGGUGACCCAGGGCGGCCAGACCUAUUUCUACAACCCGCAGACCGGCGUCACCGCCUGGACCAUCCCCGGCAGGACCGUAGCCCAGCCGCGGCGCCGGCCGCGGUCGGUGGUCGCCUGCCGGCGGAGUGGCCAGCGCAGACGCACGGCACGCCCUGCUGGAGCGGCCGCGGCAAAAUCCCAGAGGCGCACCCUCGGGCAGUGGUCGGGCGUUGCGCCAUGGGGGGCAACGCCCACGGCAGCCAGUAGCUAG